CCACCCCUUUCUUCUUCCUCUCAUUUCAUUCCUCUAAAAAUAAUUAGGGUUUUACCUGCAAAUUCUCUCUCAUCGAUUUCCGAAGAUCUCCUUCUUUCUAUCGUCUCUUUCUUUCUCAAUUUAAGAUCGAAAGAAGCUCAAAUGGCGCCUGCACUUCCUCAGUUCUACAGUGGCACUAGCACCCUCGCAUUGGUAGCUCGUGUCUCAGCGUUCACUGCUGGAGUGGUUUAUGGCAACAUGAAGCUUAAAGUUCUCAAGAUGAAGGCCAAUUCUCAAAAGAAAGCUGAAGCUAAAGAGCGUCACUGAGAAUGAGUGAGUUAAAAGAUGUCGGAAGGAUGAUGCAUAAAACAAGCUCGUCGAUUUUUCAGUUCGCUGAUGCUUUUGUAGGCCUUAAUACUCAUAGUUGCGCAUGUUCUUAUUUACAAAUUUUUGUGGCUCAAUGGCCAUCCACAUAAUGACAACAAAUUGAAUUUAGUUGCUCAAUUGAAAACAUCGUCUCAAGAUGAUUUUACCUUCCUUAAAUUUUGAAUAAUACUAAUUGUUUUGCAUUGA